AUGAGCCAGGUGUGGUUCCAGUACUCGUCGCUGAUGGGUGUGCUGGCGUGGUGUUGCGUGUGGUGGGGCGUGUGGGUGUCGGUGCGAGUGUGUCGCUGGGCGCGCGGACCGACCGCCUCCGACCUCAACCACGCGCUGGCCCUCCAGGACGACCUGCACCCGCUGCUGCAGCACCUCGCACGGUUCCACCCGCUGCCGGAGAAGGUCCACAGACUGAUGCAGGUCGUGGAUAUUGUCCUGUUGUUCCAGGAGGCAGACAGCGACCUGCCUCGUAACGUGUACGUGUUGAUGGCGAGCAGCGCCGCGGUGGUGGUGCUGCAGACUACGGCGGCGGUGGUGGCGCUCGGCGCCGCGCUCUCCGCCCCGCCAGCGCCACGCCGGGCGCGACGUGACAACGACGUGCUGGCGUACAGCAACACUACCACGUACACUCCGCUCAGUGUGAGACGAGGAGAGGAUAAGAUAUCGUUGAGGACCGUGUACAGGAACGGCCGGCUGGAGGUCGUGUCGGUCCGCAGCACCAGCACGGUGGUGGUGGGUCGAGAUGAACAGCCCGACGACGACGAGCUGGCUGCGAGGCGGCGAGAGGCUGCCAGCUGGGCGUGCACGGCCUCCCAGCGGGGGUCCCGCCACGGGUGGGGGGCGUGCGGGGCGUGUGAGGUGCGCGGGGGGAGGGCAGGAGACGCGGCGCCCGGCUCCGGAGACGCCGCGUGUUCCUGCGGGGAUGACGUCAUCAGUCAACACACACACACACACACCAGACACGAUUAA